GGCUGGGCUCAUUGUUGGCGGGGAGCACCGUGCCUGGGACGGAACGGACGGGACGGAGGGGACAGAUGGGCAGCUGGUGCCAGGGCAGCUGGUGCAGGCGGCACUGCAGCAACAACGGGGAGGCAGAGCUGCGGUGGCAUUGCCCCAGCGGCACAGGAGCAUGGUGCGCCGCAGAGCAGCGCCUCGCGUUCCGCCAGCCUCCGGCAUCGCUGCCCCUCCGCGCUGAAACCGCAGGGGGAGGAAGAAAAGAGAAAGAAGAAGGAAAAAUAGAAUAAAAGUCUUUGCCGCAGCUCCUGGGCACAGAGGGACCAGCUGCGGGGGCCAGAGCAGGGCUAGGCCAGGGAUGGAGCUGCAGCGCUGGAGGAGGAUGCCGAGGGACCAGCUCUCCGCUCUCCUCCUCCUCCUCCUCGCCUUGGCCUGGUUCUGGCUGCCAGCGGGGGGUCGCAGGCCCCCCCGGCCACCUCCUUGCCCCCCAAGCUGCUCCUGCACCCGGGACACAGCUUUCUGCGUGGAUUCCAAGGCUGUGCCCAAGAAUCUACCCCCCGAGAUCAUCUCGCUGACGAUGGUGAACGCAGCCUUCACGGAGCUUCGCGAGGCGGCUUUCGCCCACAUCCCCUCUCUGCAGUUCCUCCUGCUCAACUCCAACAAGUUCACACUGAUCGGGGACGACGCUUUCACCGGCCUCUCACAUCUCCAGUACCUGUUCAUCGAGAACAAUGACAUCCAGGCACUUUCAAAAGCCACUUUCCGCGGGCUCAAGUCUCUGACCCACCUGUCCUUGGCCAACAACAACCUGCAGACACUGCCCCGGGACCUUUUCAAGCCACUGGACAUCCUGAGCGACUUGGACCUCCGUGGCAACACGCUGGCCUGCGACUGCAAAAUCAAGUGGCUGGUGGAGUGGCUGGAGAGCACCAACACCACAGUCCCCGCCACCUUCUGCAGCAGCCCCGGGCAGUUUGAGGGCCAGCGCAUCCGCGACCUGGCGCUGGGUGACUUCCAGUGCAUCACCACGGAUUUCGUGGUGCACCAGGUGCUGCCCUUCCAGGCGGUGUCGGCUGAGCCCUUCACCUACGCCAGUGACCUGUACAUUGCGCUGGCACAGCCCAGCGCCAGCUCCUGUGCCAUCCUCAAGUGGGACUACGUGGAGCGCAAGCUGCGUGACUUCGACCGCAUCCCUGCUCACUCGGCCGUGCACUGCAAGCCCAUCGUGGCGCAGGACCAGCUCUACGUGGUGGUGGCCCAGCUCUUCGGCGGCUCCUACAUCUACCGCUGGGACACGGCCGUGGACAAGUUCAUCAAGAUCCAAGACAUCGACAGCCAGAAGACCCGCAAGCCCAAUGACAUCGAGGCCUUUCAGAUCGACGGCGACUGGUACUUCGUCAUUGCCGACAGCUCCAAGGCAGGUUCCACUAGUCUCUACCGCCUCAACCAGAAUGGCUUCUACUCACACCAAGCCCUCCACGCUUGGCACCGUGACACCGACGUGGAAUACGUGGAGAACGACGGCAAACCCCGCCUGAUCAUCUCCAGCAGCUCCCAAGCCCCCGUCAUCUACCAGUGGAACCGGGCGCAGAAGCAAUUCGCGCCCCAGGGGGAGGUGGGGGAGAUGCUGGACGUGCAGAUGGUGAAGCACUUCAAGGUGAAGCGGGACCAGUUCCUCUGCCUCAGCCGCUACAUCGGGGACUCCAAGGUGGUGCGGUGGGAAGGGCAGCGCUUCGUGGAGCUGCAGACGCUGCCGUCGCGCGGCUCCAUGGUGAUGCAGCCCUUCUCGGUGGACAGCCGGCGGUACCUGGCGCUGGGCAGCGACUUCUCCUUCACCCACGUCUACCUGUGGGAAGAGGAGAAGCAGAAGUUCGUCAAGUUCCAGGAGCUGUCGGUGCAGGCGCCACGGGCUUUCCGCUAUGUGCCGGCCGCCGAUGUGCAGCUCCUCCUGGCUCCCAGCUUCAAGGCCAACACGCUGGUGUACCGGCAUGUGGUGGUGGACCUCAGCCUUUAGCGGGGAUGCAGAAUCCAGGGUGCUCGCGGGUCCCCGAGGUGGCUCUUGGUUCCCCUGCCUGAGGACACGCAUGCGCCCGCCAGCCCCUUCCUCCUGCCUGCAACCCCCUCCUAGCCCUCCAAAAUUCACCCACGCAGUUGCUGGGGGAAGCCACGGGCCUCAGUUUCCCCCUAGGACUUGUGGUUUCCCCAUGAGCGGCACCCACAGCCACCCUUCCAGCAGCCCGGGGGAUGUGGGCAGGGGGGUGGGACACCCCCAGCCCCACAGAUCUGUGCCUGUGGGUGUCUGCUUUGUGGUGCUGGCAGGGAUGGGGGGGCUGGGGGAUUGUGGCGAGGGGGCUGAGGACAUGGGAGUGGGGCGGCAGGCAGGGAUGUGCACAGGCAGGGACAGGCUGCCCGGGCUGGGUGGGAUGUUCCUGGGAUACUGGGGUGCUCCCAGGCCGAUGGGGUGCUCCAAAGUGCAUGGGUUGCCCAAGGUGGAUAGGAUGCUCUGGGACAGUGGGAUUUUCCAAGGUGGAUAUAGAUGGGAUGCCCUGAGGAGGGUGGGAUGCUCCAGGCCAGUUGGAUUCUCCAAGGAGGAUGCGGAUGUGAUGCCCCAAAGCAGAUGGAAUACUCAAGGCUAGCAGGAUGCUCCGAGGAGGAUGCGGAUGGGAUGCCCUGAGGUGGAUGGGAUGCUCAAGGCCAGCAGGAUGCUCCAAUGUGAAUGUGGAUGGGAUGCCCUGAGGUGGAUGGGAUGCUGAGGCCAGUGGGAUGCUCUGAGGAGGAUACAGAUGGGCUGCCCUGAGGAAUGGGAUGCUCCAGGCCAGCAGGAUGCUCCAAAGAGGAUGCAGACAGGAUGCUCCAGGCUGGCGGGUUGCUCCGAGGGGGUGUCAUCACCCUCAGAAGCAGGGCUGACCUGUUGCCGUCCCCUCUGUGCACAUCCAGCAGGUCCCUCUGCCCAUGUCCCCCCGCUGCCGGGCAGGACCCAGCGUACCCGAGGUGUGCGCACCCCCCGAAACACCCCCCACAAUAAACACACCGUGACACCCGGC